CUGCAGUUGGUUGCCUCGGUUAUAUCAGCAGAAAGUCUACUUGUUCAAUUUGCAUGCCAUCAUUACUGAACUCUGAUAGCCAGUGGAGUCAUGUAUCGUAGACCGACUAAAGAUUAUGCUCUGAGCAACUCUAGCAAACAUAAAGAAAAUAUGGCGUCGGAUGCCAUGUUUUCGUUUGAUGAUUUCAAUUUUGUUGCAAGUCAAGAUGAAUUGAGCUGUACACCUGUUGAUGGAGCGAACAUGCGGAAGAAAACUUGUGUUUAUGGUGCUGAUGAGUGCGAAGAGUUUAACGGCAGUGGUUAUGGAUUUUAUCAGGCUGUCACAUUUCAGGAAGGUUUGCUCUUCUCCAAGUAUCAGCAGCAAGAACACAAGUCAGAGCAGUAUUUGAAUUAUGAGGUAUUUGAUGAUCAAAGGUUUGAUAUCUUUUCUCCACCAUUUCAAACUUGUUUGCAGGAAAUAGAAAAGCUUGAUGAUGAAAUCCCAAGUGGAAUUCAGCAUAUUUCUGAAUCAAAGACAGAAAUUCAAAAUCAAAAUCAAAAUCAAACUUGUUUCUCUUUUGCCUCACUAGAGCUGCUAAAGAAAUAUGAUAAUGGAAGGAUAAAUGGUGGAAGAAUAGUUAAGCCCGGCAGUGAUGCACCAUGUACAAAGUUGGCAGGCAGCAGGGGAUUGUCAACAGAAGAAGUCAUCAGAAUUGCUGGAGCAAGGUUUAUCCAGUCCUGUUGGCAAGCGGUUGAUAUUACCUCCAUGCUUCACAAUCCUUUUGGUCUUUUUUUCUCUGAUCUUUCUGAUGAUGAAUCCAGAAAUGUGGAGCUUGUAGAAUUACUUCUAGCUUCCGCUGAAAAAGUAGGCUAUCAACAAUUCGAACGUGCAAGCAGAUUGCUUAACCAUUGUGAAUUAUUGUCUUCGAAUAUCGGAAAUCCUGUUCAAAGAGUGGUUUACCAUUUUUCUGAAGCCCUUAAAGAGAGAAUUGAUCGAGAAACCGGAAGAUUCCCAUCAAUAGAAUACUUGAGGAAAAAGCAACCUGUUGAUCCUAAUCAUAAUGCAGCUAGCUUGGCAUGCCACCAGAAAAUUCCUUUCAUUCAGGUUGCGCGCUUCACUGCAAUCCAAGAAAUUGUGGAAAAUGUGGCUCGAGCAAAGAGAAUUCACAUAAUUGAUCUUGAAAUCAGGAGUGGAGCUCAAUGGCCAGUGCUAAUGCAAGCUUUAAUGUCUCGGCACCAUUGCCCUCUUGAGCUUCUCAAGAUAAGUGCCAUUGGAACUACUUCAAAACAUUUGAUUGAGGACACAGGUAAAAGGUUAGCAAGUUUUGCUGAGUCCAUGAAUGUACCUUUCUCUUUUAGGGCAGUCAUGGUAUCAGACAUGCUGGAUCUCAAAAAGGAGCUCUUUGAGCUAGACUCUGAGGAAGCAGUAGCUGUCUACUCUGAGUAUUUUCUGAUGAACCUGCUCGUGGCGCCAAAUCGUUUAGAGUCUAUAAUGGGAAUGCUCAGAAACAUCAAUCCAAAUGUAAUGGUGGUCAUGGAAGUUGAGGCUAAUAACAAUUCACCAUCUUUUGUACAUCGUUUUAUUGAAGCUCUCUUUUUCUACAGUGCCUACUUCGAUUGCUUCGAUGCAUGUAUGGAACGUGACGACCCAAACAGGAUGGCUGCUGAAUCAGUAUUUUUCCAUCAUGGAAUAAGAAAUAUAGUGGCUAGUGAGGGUGAGGAAAGGAGGAUAAGACAUGUGAAAAUUGAUGUUUGGAGGUCAUUCUUUGCUCGUUUCGGAAUGAUACAGACAGAACUCAGCACUUCAUCCUUGUAUCAAGCAAGCCUGGUGCUUAAGAAGUUUCCUUGUGGGAGUUCUUGCACACUUGAUGUGAAUGAGAAAAGCCUAAAUAUUAGCUGGAAAGCUACACCGAUUAGUUCUCUUUCUGUUUGGAAGUUCAUUUGAAACGAACAAAAGGGAGCUAUUAAAGUUCUCAUUCAGCAGCUCUUUUUAGGCUCCUCUGCAACUUCUGUAUUACUGAUUAAUUAACUUACUAAUUUAUUAAUAGUUUCUGAU